AUGCGAGCAGCCGCGCAACUACGCUGGAGUUCAUGGAGAGAAGUCCUCGUCGACGUCGACUGCGAAGCGCAAGAUCCCGACAGGCCGGGUGGAGUCCUCGCCCUCAUCUCGCUCUCGGACCUACUCGCCAAACACCUCUUCUUCGUCGACGCGCUCGCGUUCCCCUCCACCCACCCCCGCCCCACUCUGCGCUUUCCCACCUCCCUUGCGCUGCUCUCCCUCCCACACAUCACCAAAGUCUCCUGGGACGGCCGCGCAGACGUGCUGCACCUCUGCUAUGGUCUCGUCCUAUCUGAUGUCCGCCAAGUGCAGCUUGUCGACGCCAGCUCGCGCGUGCGCAACUCUACUAUAGGGCAGCCCGUCUCGAACAUCCUCCGCGGGUUCCUCAAACCGCUCCGCGCGGAGAUCGAGCGGAACCCGGCACUGAACGCGGACAUCUACGCGCUGCGCGGCCUCGAGCACGCCAUUUUCCGGUUUCAGCUCCUCCCCAACAACAGAGGGCAGACGCUUAGAGACCCGGCGGUCGCCGCGGCGACGCACGCCUCGUGUGGGUCCGCGCUCCAGCUCGUACGCCUCCCGCCUACACUACACAUACGCCGCGCUUGA